AUGAAUACAAUGAUAUCAAACAACAACAAUCAUUUCAUUAGUAGUGACGUUAAUGAGAAGGAAACAGAACAGUUUCAAAGAGAUGGAUUCGUGUUUAUAAACGAUGUAGUAUCAAAGGAGAUGGUCAGUAAGGUAAAGGAGAGAGUGUCGCCUUUAUUUCAUGGUAACUUCGAGACUGGUAUAUUCCCCGAUGAGUGGCAUUGGAGACCUGGUCUCUCGAAAGAUGACAUCACAAGAGAGAUUGUCAAUGCUUGGAAGUGUGACAGACGCUUCGCUCAAAUGGUACUCGAUGAACGAUUGGGCAAGAUUGUUGCCAAACUCAUGGGAUGGUCAGGUGCCCGUAUUGCUCAAGAUGAUGUCUUUUGGAAGCCUAUUGGCGGAAAGCCGAUUGGAUUCCAUCAAGAUCAACCUUACAUGGGAUACUUCACGCCAAACUCGGUGGCUACGAUGUGGAUUGCACUCACAGAUGUGAGCAUGACCAAUGGUACACUGGAGUAUGUUAAGGGCUCACACUUAUGGCCAACAACACAUACGAUUGAGGAGGCAGAGUUCCAUGCUCCAGACAACUACCUGGCACCUUUGGCACACGCCGCGGCAUCCGCUGGCCAGAGCGAGUACCCUCGCACACCAGUCGAGAUCACGGCCGGUUCGUGUAGUGUUCAUCAUGGAAUGAUGUGGCAUGGCUCGGCCACCAAUCCAUCGCCACUACACGAGCGCAUCAGUGUAGCCAUCCACUAUAUCCCCGCCGAGAGUGAGUUCAACAGCACCAAGCCUGUAGGCUACAUCUACGGUCGCUACAAGAUGUAUCAGUCCAACCGACUUGACGAGAGCUUCUUCCCCAUUGUCUACCAGGCCAAUGGCUACAGGUCCGAAUGCAUAUCGACGUUUAUA